CUGAUAUCAACUCAACUCCAAUCCUAAUAAAGGGAUUUCCACAAGUCCAAUGUCGCGAGGCAAUAAAGACGACGCAGAUAUCGAAAAGAUCGUUCAUCUAGAACGAGGAGACACAGAAGUCCAUCCGCCAGCGAAGGGGACCUCCGACCAGAAGAAUGUCGGAACCCUGCAACGGCGCUUAAAGUCUCGACAUGUUCAAUUCCUCGCGCUCUCCGGCGCCAUCGGGACCGGUCUCUUCGUCGGUACGGGCCAGGUGCUGUCGCUAUCGGGGCCUCUGUCGAUGACUCUGGCCUUCGCUAUCGCCGGGUUGGACCUCUAUGCUGUGAUUACCAGCAUGGGGGAGAUGGCAACUUGGCUGCCCCUGCCGGGCGCUGUUCCCAUAUACGCAGCGAGAUUCGUCGAUGAAGCCUUGGGAUUUGCACUCGGGUGGAACUAUUGGUAUCAAUUUGCAAUAGGUGUGCCCAUUGAGAUUAGCGCGUCGGCCAUGGUCAUUGGAUACUGGCCGAAUUCUAUAUCCUCCGCGGUGUGGAUUACGAUUCUACUUAUACCCAUGGUAGUGGUCAACAGCCUGCCCGUCCGGGCCUACGGAGAGCUCGAAUUUAUACUCGGGGCGAUCAAGUUGACAACGAUUGUGGGCUUGAUGCUGCUAAUGUUAAUCAUCACCCUCGGCGGCGCGCCGACCCACGACCGCAUCGGAUUUCGAUACUGGGACCGUCCCAUGGAGGAGUAUCUCCAGACGGGUGCGCGGGGGCGGUUCCUCGCGUUUCUCAAAGUGUUCGUGCAGGCGAUCUUCAGUUAUGGCGGCAGUGAAAUCGUGGUGGUGGCCGCUGGCGAGACGGAGAAUCCGCGACGAAAUAUCCCCAAGGCCGUGCGUCGCGUGUUUUGGCGUAUUACGGUGCUCUACGUGGGCAGUAUAUUUCUCGUAAGCCUCUGUGUCUCGUCGCGCGACACCCGCUUGCUGAACGCCAUCAAAUCCGGUGCGAAAGGCGCUGGGGCCAGUCCCUUUGUGAUCGCCAUCCAGAAUGGCGGGAUCCGAGCCUUGCCCUCCAUCAUCAAUGCGGUGAUUCUGUCAUCGGCGAUCUCGUCGGGUAACUCAUUCUUCUAUGCGUCGACGCGGAUCUUAUACGCAACGGCGCUAGAUGGCAAGGCGCCACGCUUCCUCCGAUACGAGAGGUUUGGGGUGCCAUACGCCUGUGUCGGGAUUACGACCGCGUUGAGUUUGCUUGUGUAUCUCAAUGUGUCAUCGAGCGCCGCGGAGGUCUUCUUUUGGAUCAGUAAUCUGAGUUCCGUCAGCACGUUGGUCGUGUGGACCGCGAUUGGGAUCACAUACCUGCGGUUCUAUCGGGCAAUGAGAUAUCAUGGCAUUCCUCGCUCAAGUCUCCCUUACAAGGCACCAUUACAGCCCUAUCUAGCAUGGUUUUCCGUCAUAUUCUCGUCCACGAUGGCACUCUUGAACGGGUUCGACGCAUUCUUCCCCGGCCACUUCAGUGCUAAGACCUUCAUUCCACCGUAUAUCGCUAUCCCUAUCUUUGUAACGCUUUAUCUGAGCUACAAAUUCAUUAAGGGGACUAUCAUUGUGAACGUGGAGGAGAUCGAUCUUUGGUCUGGAAAGGAGGAAGCCGAUCGUCUAGAGGCCAUCUGGGAGCAACCAAAACCGCGCAACUUCCUGGAGAGAAUCUGGUUCUGGAUUGCAUAACACGCCGGUGUUGCACGCGUACCAACGUGCCCUACUUUGGCGUAUGUUGGGAGUUUUAGUAAAGAGGGUUCGUGGUGAGUCUCAUUAUUUUGCAGUAGCUUAUCCUUCCGAACAAGACUGGAAAAUAUUUAAUGGAGAUCGUUUGCGGUGGACCUUCCAUCGCGUUUACCUGAUCGGAGGUCUAUCUACAAGGGACCGAUGAGUAGAAGCAGGAGUCAAACCCAUCAAUUUGUAGUAACUUUUCCAUAUCCGCUUUUCUUAUCCUGUUGUCCUGCUACAUGGUAC